AUGACCAAAAAAAACAAGAACCAAACUUUAGCUCUUGAUUUGGAUAACUGUGAAAAGUUGACUCAAUUAAAAGAAAUUCCUAAGUCCAGAUCAUCAUCGAUUACCUCUAUUGAAUCAGAGGGGUCCAUUCAAUCGGUGUUGAAACCACCACCAAUGAGAGAAUUCGAAGACGUUGUUGCUUUCGAAAGUUACAUUCGUGAUGAGACUUGGGAUAAUGAUUUUGAUUACUGUCAUGCCCAUUUGUCGUACUAUCCACCAUUUAUUACCAAGGAAGUGCACGGGAACAUGGAUAAGAUCAAGCCUACCAUGAACAAAAAAUCCCGUAAGUUCAAGAGAAACUUGCAGCACCACAUUCAGAAGCACUUGAUGCCAGAAAUGGAGAAGUGUUCUGGAUUUACUAUGGAUUUUGGCAAGGCAGGGGUCGAAGAAACUCCAACCAUGUUGAAAUGGAAGUUUGAAGAUACCAGUGAUCACGGCUUCUCGAAAGAAGAAGAAAAUCAAUUUGAUAGACACUGGAAAUUACAAUUAGAAGUUACUUGCAAUAACGAGAACCCAUUAGUCGAAGUCGAUUAUAUGGCAAUCCCGAUUUAG